AUGAAGCGGACAACUACUCUGGGAAGUCUUCACCAUAAGCCUGUACAGAGCAGCUACAACCAAAAGUUGAGCAGUGGGGUCAACAAGUUGGCUGGGCAAUCAACCGAGGCGGAGAAACUCAUGGCAUAUUCCGAUGCCGAGACAACAUCUCCGCCUGUGUAUUAUCUGGGAAGCCUUCCGAUGGAGGGCAUCCCAAGAGUUUCUGCCAAGGGCUCCUGUGUGGACUUCCAUGAUUUAUGUAGGAAAGUAUUGUAUGGAAAUGGGUAG